AUGAGUAUGGCCCCACCACUUCCCCCUGCGUCCCUCGCGGCCGAGUCCUCAUCGAACCGCCGCGACCCGCUCUCGCCCGCGCGUGUCGUUCGUCCAGCGAGUGUCUCGACGCCGAGCAUCACCCCCUUUCUCCCCCCGCCACCCAUCCAUGGCUCGACAACGACCACCACUGGUCACGGCCCGGUCUCCAAGGCCUCGGGGACUGCUACUGCACCGACCUCGGCAGUGCCGGCACACCGCCAGCUCGACGGCAGUGCAGUUCCGCUCACCGCACCAGACUCGCCACUCGCGAGCCACCCGUACUUUACGCAUGCUGCAUCGCUCAGCGGCAAAGCAGCUGCGUCGGGAGCGACACCGGUACGUCCUCAUGGACGCGGGCACCGCGUUACUCGUUCCGUUGGCUGCUUCCCCGUCUCGCCCAUGGGCGACUUUGGGGUCGAGUCGCCGCGCCCAGCUCAGCGUGAACCUCUCCUUCCUACCAACCCCGCACUCUGGACUCCAUCUGAACUCGCCCAACACCUCGGUUGGUCGCUGCGAACCGGCGGCGCGGACGGCACAGGACCUACGCUUCCCUCCCCCGUGGUCGAAGACGUCGUGACCUGGGUGUUGCGCUCUCGCAUCGCAGGCAAGCACGGCAACCGACCUCCUCCCUUUCUUCCCGUCCUCGCGCAGAUGUCGCGCCGCUUACGCCGUACGGUGCGCGGCCGCCGCGCGUCCAACUCGUUCUCCGAGGCCGACGCUGUUGAGGAGGAUGAUGAGGACUCUGACGGUGUCACUCGCGUCAAGCGUUUGGCCAAUGCCUUUGACGCCAUCACCUCGGCCUCAGAGGCAAGCGACUCAGAGCCCACCCUCUCCUUCCUCCGCGCCCAACUCACUGGCGACAGUGUCGAAGGGUUUGGACGCGUGACUCCCAAGACCAACGAUACCCCUGUCUGGGCUCGCCGCGCGCGCCGCGACUCGACUGCCUCUGCAGUCUCCACCAUGUCGGCUGCCAGCGGCAUGUCGACUGCCUCGGGCCCCAUCUGGUGCGAUCGCCGCGAUUCUGCUGCAUCCGCUGCGAACAUUCCAGCGUGGUCUGGCCGCGAGUCCAUGAUGAGCGAUGCGAUGAUGGACGAGGCUAUGGAUGCGGUCCCCGACAGCCCCUCGCUGCCGCUUGCGAAGAAGAAGCCCGAGUUGGAGCAGAAGCGAGUCAGCGAUACUGAGACCUCGCCGCCUCCCCCUUACCACAGUGACGCUGGACCUCCUAGCCCCACACGAACUGGCCUCCUCUUCCCUUCCGCCGCCGACACUGCUCCAGGCACGCCAGAGAACAAUGACAGCCGGUCUGCCUCUGUCACUCCUCUGCAUGGUGCGGAGAUGGAGAGAGAGGAGAGCGACCACCUUCUCCGCAUGGCUGCGCACAGAGCGGCCGGUGUCAACCCGUACGCAGCCCUCCGCCGCGAGAAGGGUCGUCCCAGUCUCCCCUCCGUCUCCAUCCGUGCCGAGGACCCCGACGAUGAUGACGAUGAUGAUGAACCAUGGCCCAGUCUGCGCAAGGUGACGGCUCGCCCGCUGGCGGUCGAUGCCCUCGCCCCUCCCUCGCCUGCCACCCCUGCCAACGUCGCUGGCAUGCGCGUUCCCUCAACGCGUUCAGUGUCUCGCUCCGCUCCAUCCUCACGUCGCCGCCGUGAGCGUGAGCGUGAGAUGGAGAAGGAGAUGGCUGUGCUCACGGAUCGCAUCCGCGAGCUCGAGGAACGCCUCGCAGCCGUCGAGACCCCGACUCCUAUCCCCACUCCUCCCCUGCUCGUCACGCCAACCCCAGCCUCGCCAGUCAAGGCACCCAUGACACCUGAGGCGCCGGCCGCCGACAUCACGGAUGUGUCGAUGACAGCAGCGCACGUCUGCCCAACUUGCAGCAGCCCAACCCAUUCUGCAUCCAACUCCCCGCCCCGCUCCCCGGCUCCCGCCCCAGACCUCACCCCAGCCGAACGCAAGCGCUCGUGGCUCCGCAGCUUCGACCUCGUCGACGACGAGGGCGACCGUCCCCGCCUCCUUGACAUGCCCAUCUACCUCUUCCUCAUGGGUAUGGGCGUUGGUGUCGGGUUCAGUGCGGUCGUUGUACGCAUGCUCUUUUCCAAGGCCCGUGGCUAG